AUGAAGUUUGCUGCUUGCAUAUGCCUAAAACUUCUUGAAAUUGUCUUCACUGUGGCAGCAACAAUUCUCAAGAAGUUAUCCGAUCGCUAUUCGGAACGUUUGUUGACCAGCAAUAAGAAGAAUCUAACGGAAUGGAUGCUUCUGAAUACAAUUUCAUUGACAAAGGAAGCCGACGAUUUUGGGGAUCUCGCCUAUAUAGGCUAUAUAUAUAUCUCCAUAAUAUUAUUGCUAGCAAGAUUCAAAGAGAAAACGAGGAACUAUCACAUAACUGAGAUCAUUUUACUGAGCUUUGGAGUAUUAUUUUUCACCAUACAAGGGCUAUUAAUAUUUGGUAUUAUCGAAGAGUUACCAGAUAAUAUUCUAGUCUUCGGGUAUUCUCUUGGCGCUGUCACUUUUCUCUGUGCAAUUCUCUUUGCCAUCGAUCUAUUAUUUUUCAAACAAAUGGCCGAUCCUAAGAAUGCAAUGUCUCAAACAGAUUUGGAAAGGGCAAUUGAAACAUCCACCAAGGAAGUCUAUCAAAUAACAAAUAAUGCUAAAGUGAAUCAAUUUGAGCAAUGUUGUCAUCCAACAGCUGCUAAAAAUGUGAAAAAACUUAAAUAUCUACGAACAGAUUUGUAA